AUUUCAAGUUUAACCAUGUCGCUACGUUUGGGUUUGUGUCUUUUGGCUGCACUUGGUGUGGUAAUCCCCACGGAUUCCGCCUCCAUAAGCACCCACAUUGUUGGUGGCGAUCAGGCGGACAUCGCUGACUAUCCGUACCAGGUGUCCGUUCGCCUGGAGACCUACAUGCUGCUCCACAUCUGCGGUGGUAGCAUCUAUGCACCACGGGUCGUCAUCACUGCCGCCCACUGCAUCAAGGGACGCUAUGCCUCGUACAUCCGGAUCGUGGCUGGUCAGAACUCGAUUGCCGAUCUGGAGGAGCAGGGCGUUAAGGUCAGCAAGCUGAUCCCCCAUGCCGGUUACAAUAAGAAAACGUAUGUGAAUGAUAUCGGUUUGAUCAUCACUCGCGAGCCAUUGGAGUACUCCGCCCUGGUGCAACCCAUUGCUGUGGCCCUGGAGGCUCCGCCGUCGGGUGCCCACGCCGUCGUGAGUGGUUGGGGCAAGCGGGCCGAAGAGGAUGAAGCUCUGCCCGCCAUGCUGCGCGCCGUUGAGCUGCAGAUCGUCGAGAAGAGCACCUGCGGUGCCCAAUAUCUGACGAAGGACUACACGGUGACCGAUGAGAUGCUCUGCGCCGGCUAUCUGGAGGGCGGCAAGGACACCUGCAAAGGAGAUUCCGGUGGACCCUUGGCCGUGGACGGAGUCCUGGUGGGUGUGGUGUCCUGGGGCGUGGGCUGCGGCAGGGAAGGAUUCCCGGGUGUCUACACCAGCGUCAAUUCCCAUAUCGAUUGGAUCGAGGAGCAGGCGGAGGCAUAUCUCUAAAAAUGUGGAUAGCUUCACAAGCACAAGGCGAACAAAUUAAUCAAACAAAUUAUUAUUUUACCACAAUAAUAAAUAUCAAAAGAGCAUUUAGAAAACAUA